CUCCAUUUAACAAAACGAAGAAGAAGCUACUAGCGUCAACAGUGGCAGUGGCUUUAAUGCUGAAGCUGGUACGAUCUGCGAGAUGUCCGGAGAACUGCUGGUUGUACAACGGGCCAGGAAGUCCUUCCAGACUGGGAAAACCAAGCCUCUGGAGUACAGAAUCCACCAGUUAAAGAGCCUGCUCCGCUUCAUCUCAGAGAGACGGAGGGACAUUGCAGCUGCUGUCAAACUGGACCUCGGCAAGAGUGAACAUGGGACAGAGCUGUUUGAGACGCUUGGACUGGAGGGAGAGAUCAAUCUGGCUAUGGAGAAACUGGCAGAGUGGGCAGCUCCUCGGCCAGUAGAGAAGAGCCUCCUCACCAUCUCUGAUGAGGUUUAUGUGCAGCCAGAGCCUCUGGGAGUGGUGCUUAUCAUCGGGGCUUGGAACUACCCCUGGGCGGUCACCCUCCAGCCGCUGGUUGGAGCUAUUGCUGCUGGUAACGCAGCAGUAAUAAAGCCAUCCGAGGUCAGCUCUCACUCCGCCAAGGUCAUGGAGGAACUUCUCCCCCAGUAUCUAGACAAAGACCUGUACCCAGUGGUGACAGGUGGAGUAUCAGAGACCCAGGAGCUGCUGAAGCAAAGAUUUGACCAUAUUUUCUACACAGGAAGCAGCACUGUUGGUAAAUUGGUGAUGGAGGCCGCGGCUCGCCACCUCACCCCAGUGACCCUGGAGCUGGGAGGAAAGAGCCCCUGCUACAUAGACAAGAACUGUGACAUUAGUGUCGCUUGUCGACGCAUCACUUGGGGAAAGUUUGUCAACUGUGGCCAGACAUGCAUUGCUCCAGACUUUAUCCUGUGUGAGCCCUCAAUCCAGAGCCAAGUAGUAGAAGAGAUCAAGAAGUGCAUCAAGGAGUUUUACACAGAUAAUCCACAAACCUUUGAGGACUACGGACGUAUUAUAAACCAGCGGCACUUUAAGAGGCUCAUGGCUCUUAUGGAGGGGAGCACAGUGGCUGUUGGUGGAAACAGUGAUGAAUCCCAGUGCUACAUAGCUCCCACUGUGUUGAAGGAUGUGACCGGGGAAUCAAAAGUGAUGAAGGAGGAGAUUUUUGGACCACUACUGCCCAUCAUCACUGUUAGCGGUGUAGACGAGGCCAUCCAGUUUAUAAAUGAGAGAGAAAAACCUCUGGUUAUAUACAUAUUCUCCCAUGACAACAAGCUGAUAAAAAGGGUGAUAGCAGAGACGUCCAGUGGAGCUCUACUGGCUAAUGACUGUCUGGUACACUACACUGUUAGCGCUCUGCCAUUUGGAGGAGUUGGUAACAGCGGUAUGGGUUGUUACCAUGGUCGCCACAGCUUUGACCAGCUCAGCCACCUGCGCAGCUGUCUGAUCAAGCAGCUGAAGAUGGAGGGAGUCAACAGCAUGCGUUACCCCCCUCACACUGCCAAAAAGCUGGGCUGGGCGCGAUUCUUUUUGCUCAAGCAGGUCAACGUGCGCAGGCUGAGGCGCAUGGCACUGCUGGCCUCGUUGGCAGGCUUGGCAGCAUUUGUGUUGCAGGUGAAGGAUCUAAAAUAUCCCACUUCGGUUCAAAGAGCGAUAAAAGGUUUUGCUUUGAUAUCGGCAAUGUUUUACAUUACAUGUAUGUAGUUUCUAGGAUGUUUCCUGAAAAGAACUAUUCAAUGUGGUAGUAAUUACAGGGGUAUUACAUUUCUGAGACUUUUUUUUGUGAGUUAAGUGAGUCGCAUUCAGUUUAUUAUCAGGAUUACAUAGGAAUUUCCAUGAAACAACCACUGCAUUUUGACCCAAGUAAAUAUUGAUUAAUUAUUCUUUCAUUAUUCAACCCUUUAUUCUCUGUAUGUGUUAAAAUCUAAUGCUUGCCUGUUGACUCAUAUUACUUUCUUGUUGUGAAAUGACUUAAAGAGUCAUUAGAUGAUGCUAGCAAUUGAUAUGAGUAAAUUAACCGAGUAAUUAGAUGAACCCCGUCUCCAUUUAACCUAUAAUUAUUAUUAAAUUACAUUGACCUUUUCAGGGACCUUCCUAUGAAUUUACAAAUAAUAAUCAGUUCCUUUCUAGGAAACUAUGAUCUGUUAAAUAAAGCAUUGCCAUGUUGUCUUUAGAACAGAUACAUAAAAUGCAAUAACACAAUUUGUAAGAGUAUGCAAACACUUGAAAUGCAGAUUCAGUAUCAUCCCUAUUAAUAGUCAGACAACUUAAACCUUAAAAUCCUUUCCUGAAGUCUCAUGUAAUUUCCUUUUGAACAAAAAGCCUGUCGAACUGUCAAGUGUUCUAGAACCAAUAAAGAAUCUCUCUCACACCAUGGGUUAGUAAUCAACCCAAGCGCAAGAGACCAAUGACAACCACAGUUAGCUUUGUUAACACCUUUCCAUCAAAAUACCCAAUGGCUUCCAAUGUUACUGCUAGUAAGACUACUGUUACCUUAGUGGGCCACACCAUUCAAGUAUCGAUUAAAAAAUAAGACAAAACCAGAAAUGUGUUGUCAGUCUUUAAAGCUUUCUGGCGUUCUCCUCUUGUCCGUUGGUUCCUAUUGAAGAUGUAAAUCUUAAAGCAAAAUAUAUAUAUAUUUUUUUUUUUAAAGUCUCAGUGAUAAUAA